AUGAGCAAAUCCGGGGGCAUCGAGUUAAACACUGCCCUAUGGAUAUACAAGGCGGUACUAGUACCGAACUUAACAUAUGCUGCUGUUGUCUGGUGGCCUAGAGUGGAAAAGACGGAGUCAAAGAACCUACUAAAAAGCCUGCAAGGUAACUACCUGAGAGCUGCAGUAGGGGCUAUGAGAACGACACUAACGGAGGCGUUGGAGGUGGCGCUUUGCAUCCCACCUCUAAGUCUGACAAUCAUCAGUGCUGCCAGACUCACAGCAUACAGGCUAAGAUGCAUUUACAGUCCGGGAUCCAAUCACAGAGAGUUUUUCUCCCUAGGUAAGUUGGCCACGGUCUUUCAAGCGGAAGUCCUGGCCAUCCUGGAAUGCGCAAGACUCCUACUCUUAAGGGAGACAAAAACUAGGAGGAUCAACAUCUAUAUAGAUAGCAAAGCAGCCAUAGGAGUUCUCGCUAAGACCACCACUGAAUCAUCAGUGGUUUGGGACUGUAUGCAAGCUCUAAAUGAACUGGGCAAAAGCAACAAAAUCACGCUAAUCUGGGUACCUGGCCAUCAAGGUAUCCAAGGCAAUGAAGUUGCUGAUAAUCUGGCAAAACUGGGUACCCUAGAGGAACCAGCCUGCCAGAAGGUUGGAGUACCCUUUGCUGUAGGGAAAAACUACAUCAAGGACUGGCUGAAGCAGGAGCAUAAAGCAUCUUGGCAGAAACUAAAGAGCUGCCGCCAAGCUAAAGACCUGAUGACUCAGCCGUUGCCAGGUAGGACAAAGGAACUACUGACAAUGAGUAAGUACAAACAAAGAUUGAGUAUCGGUCUACUCACAGGGCAUUGGGCCUUUAAGGCACAUUUAUACAACCUAGGCCUAGUUGAGGAGAGUAGUUGCAGAUUUUGCAAGGAGGAAAAAGAAGACAGCGUGCACAUACUGUGCCGCUGCNCUUCACUAGUACUCAAGAGGUUCAGAUUCUUAGGCUCCAUGUUUGUGGAGCCUGAGAACCUGAAAAGAUUCAAAAUCGGCCAUCUGUGCAGCCUGGCAGCAAAUGCCGGGCUAAAUCAGUAUGGUCGUUAA